UAUCGACCUACAUUAAUCCUUGCAGUUUGUAAUACUGUGGAGGCCCGAUCUCGUUUUGAGUAUAUAUAUCAACAGAAGGUGCUAAUAUUACGUGUUCUGGUAUGUAGUUCCAGUAAUUCACUACUCUGUGCGAGAAACGGAACUCCAACGUAGACGAUUUGAUCUCGGCUUUUGAACUUUGUCCCCUCAAAUGAUCAGUCCUAGACAGAAGGAAAAGAUGAGACAUAUUAAUACAAAGGUCAUCGUUCAGCAUACGAUAAGCUAAUAUUAGAUCACCCAUUAUUCUACAGUAAGAUAACGGAAGUAAGUUAAGGUGUCUCAAUCUGUCUUUAUAAGAUAGGUCAUAGUAGUACUAAACCAACCAAAAGACAUGACCAUCACAGCCAAAUUAAGUUGAUUCUUUUAAACACAAUAUUUUCCAGUACUGACUUUCUCGAAAAGUGUGGUUUGCAAUUUUCUGCGUCUUGUAACCCUAGUACAAUGUUAUUUGUUUCAUGACCAUGAGUUCAUUAAGUUAGUCCUAGGUUUUUCGUGCCAUUACUACACUCGUAAGCGAAAAAACGCCUCCUCCCAAAUAGUGUUUUGAACAUCUAUGUCUACAGUUCUUUUAUGAUAUUGGUUCUUAAAUGCUUCAUCCUCGUUUAGCCGAAUAUGUCAUAAUACGUUGCUAAAUUAUGGUUUCUUUUGCUUUAAUCAUUAGCUAUAAAAACAGGCGACAACCAUUCAUUGUAAUUAGUAUAACUAAGUUUCGUGGUAGUGCUUUAUUCAAAUCUAUUUAGUUUGUUGAACUACAUUUAAAGUUAAACACCUUCUUCUUAGGGCUCGAGAUAGUUGUGAUUAUUAGUUGACUUGACUUAAAAUCGGCUGAAGAGGUACAUAUACGUUUUUUUAUUGAUCUAAAAGUCAAGCCUAGUUUGUUUGUGUUUUCUUUUACUCGGUCCCAUUUAUUCUGUUUGACUGAUAGUUUCCGUUAACUGUUGUGAAUCGUAGCAGUAUGAAGAUUUGGAUUAAUUUUUGCGAUGUUUUUAACUGACUGAAUGAAUAAAUGAAGGUGAUGAGCUCAAAUAAUGGCGUAUUCAUGAUUACCAGUCCUUUCCAAACACUUGGACAUGAAUUAAACAGUAAAUGACGAGUAAUAAUAACAGAAGUACUUAUUCCAAAUGAAUAAGAUUUAUUUCUUUUGAUCAACGUCAAAUAAAAGUGUUUUAUGUGAAAAAUACCCAUCGAUUGUCUGCUUUAUCCGUUAGGAGUGAUUUACUUGGUAGGGUUGAUCGCUUCACUUAUCUUGGAAGUCUCACAAACUUCAAUGGGUCGACGACCAGUAAACUCCAUCUGUUUUUUCUUUUUUGAAUUGUUACUUCAGCUAUAUACUUAUAUCUAGUUUAUCUCCCUGAACAUCAUCGUGGAUCUGAUGAAGCUACUUUAAACCUAAAUCAACUCACUUUGUCCAUUUCAGUUGUUAUCCACUUGUCUACGACUCGUCAUGUGUUUGAAAGUACUGUCAAGAUAAUAGUUAUACUGUAGUAUAAUGAGGAAUCAUCUUUUUUUAUAGGACAGUCGUAUCACUUAUGUUGGUGUUAGAAUAAAAAAGAAACCAUUUUCACGCUCGUAAGAAGGAUAGUGUUUAUUCUCUGAUAACCCUAGGAUAAUCUAAAUUAAUAAAUAUGUUAUGGGUAUAAAUCGUCCUUGAAUACUUACAAAACAUUUUAAAUGUAAAUGACUUAAUGUAAUUUACCAGGAAUGUCGUGUGAGUAAUUUAAUGUUACUACUUUCUUCGUAGGCACUCUUACCUACAAUGAAGUUUUACUUAUAUUUCAGCACAUGCUUUCUCAGACGAACCAUUCCAUAUCAUACCCUACAACUACCAAUGACUCAAUCACAAUUCUCUAUGGUAGUCAAACGGGCAACGCUCAGUCGUUAGCUGAAUUGCUCGCUCUCCAAUCAUAUCGAAUUUUCGAUCAGGAAUGUGUCAAAUCUAAUUUAG